AUGGAGGACUUAUUUACGAAAGAUAAAAUCUUCUGCGAAGAAAUAGCGUAUCUGAAUCUUCGUCUCACAAAGACGGCAAGGGAAGUUCUGCGAAUGCAGAUGAAGCAGCAGGAAGCAAAGUACGAAAGCAGAGCCAGCAGCACCUACUUCCGAACCUCCGUUUAUCUGUCGGAGUUGCGUUUUUGGCCAGUGUUUGCUCCGCAGUCAGUUCUGGAUGCUAACCCAUGA